AUGUUAGGAUCGAUGGAUUUGGCUGAGGUGCGGGAUUCUCGUUUGCUGGGGGUUUUGAGGAAUUGGGCGGGGAACAACUCAAAUGAAGAAGAUAAAGAUGAGGAUUCGGAAUAUCAUGAAAAUUUCGAGUCGAUGAGUAAUGAUAAUUACUUCUCCUAUGAUAAUGAUACCUCACAUCAAGCAGAGAUACUAAAUCAUAACAAUAACCAGGUAUACACCACCAAAAACAACGAACAAUUCUUCGGAAGCAAUCUAUUCAAUAAUCCAUUUCAAGCAGUUGAAGAUCAGGAAAAUAAUUCUGGGGGUUAUCUGUAUCUAUAUCUAUUGAAACCAGUCGAAGCACAAUACAAAACAUCCCCCAUAUCUAAAACACCAAUCCAACAUUUCCUCGCUAAAAAAACUAAAUUGUAUAUGUCGCAGAGCGGUAGCUAA